GGCAGGGCUCGCCAGUCGGAGGUGUCUCCUGUUUUGUAUUGCGUUACGCACUGACUAGGGGAACGUAUCUGGGGAAAAAAAUGGAAACUUUUUUAAAAGACCGCUCUUACCGCGUGAGAGUGCGUGGCUUUUUCUCCACCAAGCCUUAAUUAGGUGCUUGAAUUUCCUCAGAAAGGCCAAACCAGGGUUUAUUUUCAUAGUUCAUACAAGUACUUCACGUGGUUAAAGAAGCCCGUCCCGGCUGUGAGAAUAGCGUGGAGUAGCUCGCGCGUUAAGAACGGGCAGAACGCCACUCAAAAGCAAGUCGGGAUGGUGGGUUUCGGAUUGGGGACCCUCCGGUAUGUUCCAGAGGAAUCCAAAGACAAAGUUAUCUCAGAUGAAGAUGUCCUAGGAACGUUACUGAAAGUUUUCCAGGCUCUAUUCUUAAAUGAUUUCAAUAAACAAUCAGAAAUCUUGACUAUGCUUCCAGAAUCUGUUAAAUCAAAAUAUCAAGACCUACUGGCAGUUGAACAUCAAGGGGUGAAACUGCUUGAAAACAGACAUCAACAGCAAAGUACCUUUAAGCCAGAAGAAAUUCUUUACAAGACUCUGGGUUUCAGUGUUGCCCAAGCAACUAGCUCAUUGAUUUCUGCUGGAAAAGGUGUCUUCGUUACGAAAGGAUUGGUACCAAAAGGCGCAGUCGUAUCUAUGUAUCCUGGUACAGUAUAUCAGAAGUAUGAGCCGAUCUUUUUCCAGUCCAUUGGAAAUCCAUUUAUUUUUAGAUGCCUGGAUGGGGUACUCAUUGAUGGGAAUGACAAAGGAAUAUCAAAAGUUGUGUACAGAUCUUGCAAUGGGAGAGAUCGACUCGGCCCUUUAAAAAUGAGUGAUAGUACAUGGCUAACGUCAGAAAUUCAUAACCCUCUGGCUGUGGGACAGUAUGUCAACAAUUGUUCCAAUGACAGAGCAGCUAAUGUCUGUUAUCAGGAAUUUGAUGUGCCUGCAGUUUUCCCUGUAGAACUGAAGCAGUAUCUUCCAAACAUUGCCUACAGCUAUGACAAACAAAGCCCACUUCGAUGUGUUGUUCUUGUCGCACUUAGGGACAUCAGUCAAGGAGAAGAGCUUUUUUCAAACUACUACACAAUUGUCAGCUAACUGUGAAUCAGAAAUUAUUAGGUUUUCUACUCAUCUAUUAAUUCUAAGUGUUUAUUGUUAAUCACUUCUCUGAGUUAUACCUGUAAAACAAAUAUUUUGAGACUUAAUUGGAAUAGGAAUUUUUUAUGUUUUUGUUCAUAUUAUAUUUAUGUUCCAAUUUCAUGAUAAAAGCUACUUGCUUCAUUACAAUUUCAAAUUUGUAAUGCAAUUCCAAUUUUAAUUGGUUUUCACCUAAAUACACAAUAGCUUAUUAAAUGAAAACCUACCCUUUGAAAUUAUAAUUUCAAUUUUUCUUUUGUUUAUUUUGUAAGCUCUGUGGUGGUUUAUAAAA